AUGGCUACGGCUGAACAGCAUAGACAACUGUUUUUAGCCAUUAAGCUGAAAAUUAAAGGCAAAGCUAGAGAAUUAAUUGACUCUGUAGAAAUAAAAGACUGGUCGGAACUUAAAAUCCUUCUUAUUGAAAAUUAUGGAGAAGAAAUUCGUCCAGAUCAACUUUGUGUUGAAUUACAAACCAUUAAACAGAAUAAAAAUGAAAAAAUUAACGAUUUUGGCGAUAGAGUAGAAAAAUUAGAAUUUAAACUUUAUCAGGCUUAUACUUACAAAUUAACUUGUAAAAUAAAAAAAUCAGCCAUUAGGGAUAUGUGUGAAGAUCAGGCCUUAGGCGCAUUUAAAAGAGGUCUUCACAAUAACCAAAUUAAAAUUAUCGUGUUAGCUAAUAAUCCGAAAACUUUAUGUGAUGCAAUCGCAAUUGCUAAACAAGAAGAAUUAAGGCUUAAUACUGAAAAUAAUUUAGUUAAGUAUUCUUUUAAUUCAAAUAAUCCUAAUAACUCUUAUUUGAAUAAAAAUGUUACAUUUAUGAUUGAUAGCGGAGCACAAGCUAGUUUAAUUAAAAUAGGAGAUUUACCUAAAGGACAUAGGUAUUGGGAUAAUUCUCUUACCACGUUAGAAGGUAUUGCUGGAAAUACAAACAGUCUAGGCUUGUCAGAAUCUAUCAUUAAAGUAAAAACUGUUCAAACUANAAUUCAAAUAAACGACAUUAAACACUUAACUCUUCAUUAUAAGGUAAAGAGAUCUUGGGAAGGAGCAGGAAUCGCGAUUAAAUGGCUUUUUGGUAACGCUGACGCCGACGACGUCAAACGGUAUGACAAUAUGAUUAAUAAACUUGAUAACGAUGAAAAGGAUAUUUUAAGAGUAAUCCACGACCAAGUUUCUAUUAAAAAAAGCACGGUUUCUAACUUCAAUGAGUCUAUUAAUUCGUUUAAUGAAAAUAAAAUAAUAUUUGAUAACAAUUUAGCAAAAAUCUCCCAGGAGUCCAUAUCUGGCUUACAGAAUAUUACAGCUGAUUCGGUGGAUUUUGAAAAUAUUAUAAUUACCCAAUCCUUAGUUGAGAAUAAUAUUAUAUCUCUAGAUAAAACCAUAAGUAAAUUAAUUUUAGCCAUUAUUUUUUCUCANAGUCCAUAUCUGGCUUACAGAAUAUUACAGCUGAUUCGGAAUCAAUUACAUCCUAUAAUAAACCAUAUUUUAACUAAAAUACCUAAUAACCUUCAAGUACCAAUAAAUGUAAACCUUGAUAACAUUAACGAAAUAUUUAAAAUUUUAGAAAUUAAGACUAUAUAUAAUAAUAAUAAACUAAUUUUUAAAAUUAAGUUACCGUUAAGUAGUAUUAAUAAUUAUAUAAUUUAUCACAUUGUACCAAUAUUUAUUCCUUUUAAUAAUCAAAACCAAUUUAUUCAUCUUACAAAAAAUGUCAAAUAUCUUUUUACGGAUAAUCUAAUAUCGCACUAUAUCAAAUUCGACAGCCUUAGUAAUUGUCAAUUAUUAAAUAAUGUGUUUGUUUGCAAAAGUGACGCGUUCUUUUCCGGUACAGACAAGGUCCCUAUAUGCGAAACGGACCUAUUAAAUAAUAAAUAUAGCCUGCCGUCGACUUGUGAUGUUUAUAUAUCACAAAUUAGCUCGGAAAGUUGGUAUCACUCCUACUUCCCAAAUAAUUGGUAUUUUGUCAUGGUAAAGGAUACCGUAGUAACUAUAUCAUGCAAUGCACACACUAUAGUUGAAAAAAUAAUUAUAAAUAAAAGUGGAAGGCUAUCCCUAAAAGAGAACUGCAUGGCAAUAACACCAUCAGUUACUCUUGAGGCUACUCAGUCUCAAUUAGAAUCAAAAUUUGAGUCGAUACCUUUGGAGUUUAGUCUAUUGAACUCAAGUUGUUGCAAUUAUAUACAUAAUAGAAUUGCACAAAAACCCAUACACCUCGAAAGAAUGGAAAAUGUGAAACUCGACCAGGCAGCCCUUAAUAAAUUAAAUGAACAAUUAUCUUACCAAGAACGCAUCGUCGACUUAUUAGCAAACAAACAUGUUUACGAAUUUUAUAACGAUAAUAAGUUUAUAAUAAAUUUACUUUUUAAAACCUUCGGAUUACUAUUAGUGGUAGUAAUUGUAUAUAUUUAUAUAAAAUAUUGUAAGAAAAAACCCGUUAAUAACCAACCCACAAUAGAAUUAGAACCUUUAAACUUAGAAGAAAAUCCAAUUGUAAAUAGACAAGAACGAUUUAUUUAUAAUACUAGAUUUAGACGUAGGUUACUAGAAAAUUUAACAUAAAAUUAUCUGUAUUUUAAUUAAAUAUAAUAAAUAAUAUAUUUUAAAAUUGUAAGAAAUAAUAUCUGAAGAUAUUAUUUCUCUUUAAGGGUGAUGGUGUCAUGAACUCAUAACUAUAUGUAAAUAUUAGUUUUAAGGAAUUUGUAUUAUUAGAAAGUAAAAGUAAAUAAUAGAUUAUUAUUAAUUAUAUUAGAAAGUAUAACACUAGAAACAUUGUUAAUUGUAUUGUUAAUUGAUUAUUAUUUCUAAUAAAAAGGGACCUGACCACUCAUUCAGUGGUCAGUGUACAAUCGAUGAAUGUUACAUUAUAGUUAUUAUUUUGACUCUUCUCGAUUACACUUAUCCGCGUGGGCAAAUUGGACGUAGAAACCUCAGUUUA